GACGGUUUUCUUUGCAGUGUUAUGGUCUUCAGUCGUGAAUUGACUCUGCUGUGUGUAACAUCGAAACGUUUAUACUUUUGAUUAUUUAAAAAAAAAACUUUGUUUUCAUAUUAUUAUUGUGAGUUUGAGACACAUUUACUAUAAACGGGGCAAUGAAGGAAAUAUUUUCGUCUUACGUAUAGUGAUCGUAUUUUGGUUUGGUUGUUAUACUGAUAGAGCGCCGAGUUUACGAUAGAUAGAUACUGAUCGUAACAUUGGAUAUAGUCGUUGUGUUUGUGGGAAACGCUGAAAGGAUUGUCAAUAUGCAAGUGCAAAUUACGAAGACGCUGUUUGUGUGAACAAUAAAAACAAAUUUGAUUUCUUCUGAACUAUAAAAUGAGUAAUGAUCGUACGUCAAUCGAAGUACUUUAAAUUCGGCUAGGCAUUUUUAUUACAAAAAAAAAAAGUUUCGUUAGCAAUCACCAUUCAAACAUACUGUUCGUGUACGAUAUAAAACGGCUACAGAGUGCAUUAGUGAUUCAUAUUACAUUUUCGUGAAUAUAUAUUGAUCCAAAAAAGUGAUAUAUGAUUUGGAAAUAGAAUUAAAAUAAAUGACCGAACAUGAAAAUCAUUUUAACUCUGUUGAUGUCCAGUCGCUUAGCCAUUAUCUGUGUGUUGAAUGUGUUAUGAUUUUUAUGGCUCGAUCGUUUUUUAAGAUUAAAACUUUUUUGGUUUGAACGUUUUCUCGUGCUUUUAUUGUUAUUUUGGUUUUAUUUUAAUCUUAGAACCACAUAAAAAUUGUUUUAUUUGCGUACAAUAUAUUCGUAUGAAUGUGGUGAUGUAAUGGAUAAUAGCGUGGCUGUGAUUGACUUUGGUUGCUCGAGUUGAUGGUUUAUGAAAUUUAAUUUAUUCUUCGCUUCAACCGACAACGAUAUCAUCGAACAAAAAAGAUGAAUCAAACGUGCAAGGUUUGCGGUGAGCCCGCAGCAGGCUUCCACUUUGGUGCAUUCACAUGCGAAGGAUGCAAGUCAUUCUUCGGAAGGACGUACAACAACCUAUCAUCGAUAUCCGAAUGCAAAAACAAUGGCGAAUGCAUCAUCAACAAAAAGAAUCGGACGGCAUGCAAAGCGUGCCGACUUCGUAAGUGCCUGUUAGUCGGUAUGUCGAAGAGUGGAUCCCGAUACGGUCGUCGCUCGAACUGGUUCAAAAUCCACUGUCUACUCCAGGAGCAACAACAAAAGAAUUCCAACGGAAUGCCGACUAGUCCAUCAAUGAUGCCAAACACAUUCAUGCCAUCACAUUUCCUCACAAAUUUCUGUAACAACACAAAGCAGGAUCAACGUUCCGUACGAUCGCCGAGUGAUUCCGGCGCAUCAUCAGCCGAUCCGGACGAAAGCAACAAAGACGGAUCGAUGGAAGGUUUCAGCGUUGAGUCAAAAACGGAAAUUUCGUCCGUAGCAAGUCCACCGAAUUUCGAACACUUUCUCGCUCCAUAUCUGUCGUCACCGUUGACAAAUGGCAGAGUUUCGGCUUUCCGGCACGUUCCUAUUUCAUCGAUCAUCUAUCCCGAAACAUCGGCGGAAGCGAAAGAACAAGAUCAACCCAUUGACCUUUCGUUUAAGUCGAAAAAGCGGCGAAGAACACCGUCACCGAUUGCAGCUUCGUUCGAUAUUAAGCCAGCUCCAUUGGACCUGACUCUAGUGCGAUCGAAACCAUUAUCCGGGUAAAACCAUUCGACGUUCUUUAUUCAUGGAGUAGAUAAUUAAGCGGCACAGCCGACGAAACAGUACAUUGGGACAGAUUCAAGCCAGUGAUUUUGUACGUUGUUGGAAUAAAGAAUCAUUUAGAUGUAAGUAGUAAAUUUAUGCCGAUGAGUGAAGCAUCGUUCAGUAUUGUUUGAAGUAAAUAUAAUUCAAUUGAAAACUGUUUCUGCCACUGUUUUGCAUUAACUAAUGAUGUUUAAAAAUAAAGCAUAUCUCAUCAGGUCAUGUCGACAGCGGCAAGGAAAUGUCCAAUCUCUAUGAACCUCAUACGUCCUUUGUACAAGUCUAGUGAAUCAUAAAUGAAAUGAAAGUAAACCGAUUUGAUGGCACAUGCGGGUCUAGUGGUGAAGAUGAUGAUAUACACCAACAACCAUACAUAUCUAAUCAGUGUUUUUCAUGAACAUUUCGAACAGGAAAACUCAAAUUUUCGCACUUGUACCGAGACGAAAUUGACAUGAUUGACAUAAUUCUAGCCAAUGUAGCAAAAUGUAUGCUAAAACCGAUGAAGUAAUUGAUUUUGCAUCAAUAUGUCGAGCAUUCUUCGAUCAACUGUAGUAAAAGAUUCGAUAUGGUGGUUCAAGCUAUCUGUCUGUGGAAGGUUCUUCUAACAUUUCAUGUCUCGAAGGUUCAGUGUACACACUCUGUCGGCAUUUAAUUGAAUAGAAAAAUUUACAGAAUUCAAAGACAAAAUAAAUUGAUUGAGCACUGCAUUAGAUAAAUUGAAGUUAACCUGUUACAUAACGGCUGUCAUCUGUUAUCGACAACGACAGCAAAAAAAAAUCAAGUAAAAGUUUUCUGAAAUUAAUAUCUGAAAAUCUUUGAUCA